GUCUUGAAAAAAAAAUGUGUUAUGAAAGUUGUUACACAGUUAUAUCACAGCGACAAGAGCUCGACAGUAGCAUUUUAUUCACAUAAGCGAGUCAUCUGCGUCAACUUACUGUCGUCGAGGGCAAUACAGAAAACAUGUUUGGUUCAGUAGUGGUGGGCAUCGGGACAGCAGGCUUUGUGAGGAUCAGGGACAUGCUAGCCCCUCUGCCUUCCAGUGCAGCAGAGAAGCUCAGUGUCAAAGGCUUCAUUUCCAGGUGAGGCACCAAGACAUCUCAUUGUUUGCUGACAGUAAAAAAGCACGAGAAAAACAAUGGUUGCAAUAUACGAAAUAAAUAGAAACCUUGUGCACAGCAGUGUAUCCAGGUGCUGGUUUUGGCAGGAAUAACUAUUAUUAACUUCUUGGCGCACCCAUCCCUUUAGCGGGAUCAUUUUCGUCAACAUCCGCUGAAUUGCAGCUCAGCUUAGCUUGUUUUUUUAAAUUUUAUUUUAUUUAAAAAUAUUAAUAUUUUACCCCUUUUUCUCCCCAAUUUCGUGGUAUCCAAUUGUUGUAGUAGCUACUAUCUUGUCUCAUCGCUACAACUCCCGUACGGGCUCGGGAGAGACGAAGCUUGAAAGUCAUGCGUCCUCCGAUACACAACCCAACCAAGCCGCACUGCUUCUUAACACAGCGCGCAUCCAACCCGGAAGCCAGCCGCACCAAUGUGUCGGAGGAAACACCGUGCACCUGGCCACCUUGGUUAGCGCGCACUGUGCCCGGCCCGCCACAGGAGUCGCUGGUGCACGAUGAGACAAGGACACCCCUACCGACCAAGCCCUCCCUAACCCGGACGAUGCUAGGUCAAUUGUGCGUCGCCCCAUGGACCUCCUGGUCGCGGCCGGUUACGACAGAGCCUGGGCGCGAACCCAGGGACUCUGAUGGCACAGCUGGCGCUGCAGUACCAGCUUAGCUUGUUGUUAAUCCACCUGGCGUGUCAGAUUUCUAAAAAGCUUUACAGCAAAUGCUAUCCAAGCGUUUAUGUUAGGACCUCUCUCUCAGCAGACAAAACAUUACAAACAGCUAGCAGCAAAGUAGAAUGGUCACGAAAGUCAGAAAAGCAAUAAAAUGAAUCGCUUACCUUUGAUGAUCUUCGGAUGUUUGCACUCAUGAGACUCCCAGUUACACAAUAAAUGUUCCUUUUGUUCGAUAAAGAUUAUUUUUAUAUCCAAAAACCUCCAUUUGGUUGGCGUGUUUUGUUUAGAAAUCUACAGGCUCGUGCAUGUCAUGACCGGCAGAUGAAAAUUCCAAAUACUAUCCGUAAAGUUCGUAGAAACAUUUUAAAUGUUUUUUUAUAAUCAAUCCUCAGGUUGUUUUUACAAUAAAUAAUCAAUAAUAUUUCAACCGGACCGUAGCUUUUUCAAUAGGAGAGAGAGAGAAAAUGUCUGCUCCAAGCUGUCCAUGUCUCAAGGCUUAAAAAUCCUUAUUUAACGUGUCUUCCCCCACUUUCAUCUACACUGAUUGAAGUGUAUUUAACAAGUGAUAUGAAUAAGGGAUCAAAGCUAGCUUUCACCUUCAUUCACCUGGUCAGUCUGUCAUGGAAAGAGCAGGGGUUCUUAAUGUUUUGUACACUCAGUGUAUAUUUGCAGUGCAAUGACCUUUGUUGCACUGAAAAUAUGAAAUAAAUAAGCACUGAAGUCAAGGUCAGUCACCUGUCAUUUUUCACUGUGCGCUUUUUAACUUUUGUAAUACUUCAAUAUUGUAGAGUGAAGCGAUUAAAAUCAUAUUACGUGAUCUUGUUUAAUGGUGAUAUAUAAUCACUGACCUGUCCUGUACUCGAUCAUAGAGGCAGCAGCUGGGAUGUGUGGAUGACCAUGUUGCCUGGGUCGUGCACACUAGCAAACCUUUACACAACGGAACAAUUCAACUGGGCUCUUGACAAGUUCAUGUUUUUUCAAAUCACUUUCCCCCUACUGAAUACAACUCUAGUGCUGUCUUUCCAUAGGAGGACCCUAGAGGAGCAGCAGGGAGUGAAACAGAUCACUAUCGAGGAUGCCCUGAGGAGAGAUGACAUAAAGGUGGCCUUCGUCUGCACUGAAAACGCUGUGCAUGAGGAAAACAUCAGGACAUUUCUGGAAGCUGGGAAGCAUGUCUGUGUGGAAUAUCCUAUGGCCAUGACAUACAAGACUGCCGUGGACCUCUGGGACCUGGCUCAGGAAAAAGGAGUGGUCCUGCAUGAGGAGCACAUAGAACUCUUGACAGCCGACUUUAAGCAGCUGAAGAAGGACAUAGCAGGGAAAAAGCUGGAGGAAGGAUCCCUUCACUUCACAGGAGGUCCUCUGAAGCCGGGAUUUGGGUUUCCAGCUUUCAGUGGCAUCGCCCGGCUUACCUGGCUGGUGGAUCUGUUUGGAGAGCUGUCUGUCACCGCUGCCAGCAUGGAGGAAGACCAGGAGAACAAGUACAUGAAGAUGACCACUCAACUCAUGACUAAAGAGCAGAAGCCUCUCACAUGGAUUGAGGAGCGGGGUCCUGGCCUGCCCAGAGUGAAGAAUAUCAACUUCCGCUUUGACUCAUGCACCAUGACCCAGCUUCCCCCGGCUGCCAGGGAGCCGGUGGGUCUGUUCAUGCAGGACCUGGUGCUCUUCAGUCAGAAGCUUCUGGGCCAGGUCCCCCGUGACCAGCUCCAUGCCGAGCGCCACAGGGUCCUCCACUGUCUGGAGCUGGCCGACCGCAUCCAGCAGCUGAGCCAGCAAGGCCAGGGAUCAGCCCAGGACGCCUAGAGACACAGUGGGGUCCCAGCCUACCGGGGGGCCCCAGCAAAGUUACAGUAACUUUUCCAAAAUUCCCAGGUUUUCUAGAAAUUAUGUUUUUUUUUCUUCUCAGCCUACUGGUAGAUGUCCAAGCGCACAAAAUCAGGCCAUAAAUAAGCCUUCUACAGUACAGCUACUGUAACCUGCUGUACUACUGACAGACGCACUCGUAAUGUCUUUGCAAUGUUAAGGGAUUUUAUUCAUAAAUGAGGGAAAGGAGAUGUGCGAUGCCUUUCAGAAACAGAUAGGUCUCUAAGGCAUGUCAGCUUAUUAUAUUAGGGUUAGGCUGUUACUCACAACAGACCUCAUAUGUACUACAUCUUCACAUUGAUGAAAGGUCCAUUAAUAGUUUGAUGUUUGCAUUGUGUCACUUAUUCAAGUUAAUCUACAUUACAUUUACUAUAACAUUCUGGUGGUUGAACACAGCUCAUGAUGCUUUAGCAUGAGCUGGUGGUGCUUUUAUAUGUUCAUUACUUAUUUAUCUUAUGACAUUUAUUGACUUAUGUUGUUUAGCUACCGUGCACUCAGAAGUGGAAGCAAAACAGUGUCAUACUGAUCCUUGCAUGUUCAAAUCAUUCACUCUCUACAAUAGGUGUUUGCCUGAUACCUCAGCUAAAUAUUGCACGGAUGAAUAUUUCGAUAGCUCUGGCAGGUGAAAGUGUGUUAUUUACACUGCAACUUCAGUUGUCAAAAUGUUGUUAGACUGCAAUUGGCACAUCUGUUUUAAAGUAUUAUUUGCUUAAUGUUCAUCCCUUGGAGAGGGAGUGUAUUGUCAUGUGUUGACAAAUUGACAGUGUUGCUUUAUUCUAUUUAUUCAACCAUAAAGCACCAUUUUCAUUUACAAAGACGUGACGCCACGGCUGAAAACACUUCCCUGGUGUUAGCACUAAAUAAAUCACUCUUGUGAUUGUUCUUGCAACACGCUUCCCUUCCCCUUUUCUCUCUGUUUCAAAACUACUUUGCAUGGCUGAUGGUGAUGAAACUUAAAAACACAAAAAAAGAUUAGGUGAAAACUUGAACUGUACACUCCAAAAAGUCUUAAAGUUGCAAUUCGAUGGUAGAAUAAGUCCUCCUGUUCUUUGUCUCCCCAGUGACUAUCCCUCUGAAUGGGGCCACAACAGAAACCAGUAUUUCAAUGGUCUCCAAAUUAGUGUUGUAUUUAAUUCCGGGAUGCUGACAGACUGAAUUGGUGCCUUAUUGGCCUGCUCAGUUCUCUCCAUUGUUAACAUCCAUGUCAGUCCCAUCUAAUGAUAUCUAUGGUUCCAUCAAGUGGUUUGGACACUUAACUGGGUGUCACUGUAGUGUUAUUAGCAGUUUAUAGGGAGAGGAAAUAACAUUUCUUUAUCAGUUGAGGAGGGAGAAUUGUACUGUUAUAUUGGAUUAUAAUGCCUGAAUGUUUACAUGUUUUGAGUGUAUUGUAAUGGUAUAGUUUGCAAUAAGAUUCAUAAUUUGCUGGUAUCCAUAUUAAUAAAGUGUGCCUGAUUGAUCAUC